GAGAGAGAAAGGGGAGGAGGAAGAGGGAGCUGUGUGUCUCUCCUGCAUCAGCGUCAACAUCACUGCCACGCCAGCCUUAGUCACCGGAAUAUGAGGAAGAUCAUCAUACAACAGAGCUAAAAACACCAUCAGUAGCAGCAACAGCUACUCCUCCUGCUACACCGGAUUUGUAUUCAGAGAUUAGUCCACGACGGCUCUACUCUCACGACGCACAGGCAUCUAAAAACUCCUCCAGACAAGAGGAGCCUUUCCCAGGCAUGACCUGAGAGGAGAGGCAGGCAGCCAUCACUGUCUCCAUUAACAUGGGCAACCAGGAGGCAAAGCAAAAGAGAGCUGCAGCAGCAUCGGGUAAUGGAAGCUACCCUUCGCUGGACGAAGGAUGGAGAGAGGGAGGAGGGGACGUGACAAAAAAAGGAGGAAAGAAACUCCACGGUAAGCAUGGAGGUAAAGGAGCAGGCAGCGGUGGAGGAGGAGGAGGAGGUGGGAUGCAUGGCACAGGACCAGGCAAGAAGAAAAACAAAUCCGAUUCCAAGUCUUCUGUUUUCUCUAUCCGUAAGAGAAAGAGCAACCUUAAAGGGAAAGGAUGUUCAUCAGUGACUGGCUCCAAAGAGGAUGUUUUAGCAUCUCAACAUGACGAACUGGACAGCACAAAAACACCUGAUCUGUCUGCGGAUGAGCUGGGACAGUCGGACAAUGAGGCUGCUUUCCCCGAGAAAAGAAAGAAAGUGGAGCAAGAGAAAAAUAUCAGAAAUGAAGGAGGAGGAGGGCAGAAGCAGGAGAUGCAGAGGAAAACCUCAACAGCACCAAUAUCUCCCACAGAGGAUGGAGGACAGAAGGCAGGGAGCUCAGGCUCAGACACAGACAUCUACAGCUUCCACUCAGCAGCUGAGCACGAGGAUUUACUCGCAGACAUCCAGCUGGCUAUCAGGCUCCAGCACCAGCAGCAACAUGACGGGCUUCACUCAAUGACAGAAGGGUUUGGAGGAAAGGAUCUGAGCCUGGGAGCAGCAGAGGGGAGGAGCAAACAGAGCAAUGGUGUCAUUAAAUUAACUCCUCCUGAGGUGCUUGACCUGACCCCAGAACUAGAGCUGGGCUCUGAUGCUCUGUCAUAUCUGGAGACGGGAAUUCUGUCUGGAUCUGUCAAGCACACAGCCCCACCUCCAACGCUGCACCUCCCCUUUCAAACAGAGGUACAACAGCGGACGGAGGAGAAGGAGGAGGUGGAGCAUCUGGAGGCAAAUGGGAAGGGGCAGAGGGGGAGAGAAGUCCCUCUUUGUGUUGCCACAGGCACAAAAGACCAGCAUUCCUUGCUGCAGCAGCCCCCUCUCACAGACAUCUCCAUGGCUACCGCAGGGGGGACAGUCACCAUGGCAACCAGUAGCAACAGCUUCCCAGAGUUCACAUUUGACAGCACUGGGAAAACCCCAGGGGAGGAGGAGGAGGAAGCAGGAGGUGAAACCCAGCAGGAGGAGAGGAAGUCUGAGGUGGAAGCUGAUCUCAGUCCUCCACUGGCAGACAUCGCUGACAAAAGUCCUGAACCCACAGAGGGGCUGAGCUCAGGGACUGUGUUUGAAGAAGGUGAGGGUCCCUUAGGCUCAGGGUCCAGUGCCGAGUCCCUAGAGGACUGUCUGAGCGCUGGUUCUGAACCCAACCAGUCCACCGCUGCAGGCACCAGUUCCUCCCCUGUCGAUGAGCAGUGCAGGAGGAGCAGCGUCUGCUCUACCUCGCUGCCUCCCCAGGAGAGCCCCACAUUAGCCAAGCGACUCCUCAGGUCCACCCACUCUUCCACCUCGUCUAGCCCUGUGGUGAAACCCUACCCUCGCAUCUUCCCAUCCUACAUCAAGACCACCACCAGACAGCUCAGUUCCCCAGGACACUCCCCAGCCCUGUCACCCUCCCACAGCCCCCUGUCCCCCCGCAGAGUCCACCAUCACUUCCACAGGAUGAUGGCUGAAGGUCACCGGGUCCACAGAAAGCGCUCUCACAGCCUCGCUGGAAGUCUGAGCCGCUCAGCUGAUUGGACUGAGGAGCUUGAGAGGAGGCUAAGGAGCAGAGAGGAGGAUGGAGGGAGCACUGGAGGUUCAGGAGAAUAUCUGGUGGGCUACAGAGGAGGAGGCAGCCAGCCCAUCUGUGCUACCAGAAGAUCCUCCUGUGGACAGGUCUCUACCUGUGGCUUUCAGGAUGUCUUCACAGGCCGCACUCUUCUGGAGAAGCUUUUCCUGCAGCAGCAGCAGGAGGAGCCGGAGGAAGCUGAGAGGCUCUGCUCCAGGAUCUUGGCCAUGGGUUUGUUGCUGCCGUUCACAGACUGCUUCAGAGAGCAGCUGGGAGGCAGCACUGCCCACAUCACCUCCACCGCAUCAGCCAAGUUUGAUCAUGACCAGCUGUACACAUGGGCAGCUGUCAACCAGCCACCACACUCCCUGGAACCACUUGAAGGGAAACUUCCCGGUCAGAUGAAGGGCCCGUGGCCUCCAGCAAGGCCAGGCAGCGACACCAGGACUGUGCCCAAACCCACAGAGACAGUUUGUCCAGAGCAUCAUGUCGGCAUCACGGGUUUGAGGCAACAACAGAAGGAGAACCAAGAGGAGGAAUAUGUCCUUCCUGCAACAAAACUGAAGGAAAAACACGUCAAUGUUAUCCAGCAGCUGGAACAAACCAUAGAGGACCUCAGGACGAAGAUCGCUGAGCUGGAGCGACAGCCUCCUCUGCUGGACAAGGACAGCAUGACGACCGCCACCGUCACCACGGACCGGGAGUGUGGAGGAGAGGAGGGCCUGCUGAAGGUGGUGUGUGAUGCUCACCUGCAAACGGAGGCAGCUUCUGGUCUGGGCUGCCUGGAGGCCAAGUCGGUGCAGACCUCACCCAUGGAUGAAAGCUUUAAGUUCAAAGUGCCUUGUAGUGAGCCGGGUGGAGUUAACGUCCUCCUGCAGCCCUCAGCCAGGCAGGAAGGCGUCCUGUGUUCAUGUCGGCUGCAGCCUCCUCCUCCUCCUCCACCCGGCCUUCCAGGAGGAGCUGUACCUCCUCAUUCAAGACAAGCGGCGGCACCUCCUCCUCCUCCACCUUUACCUGGAGGCUCAGUGCCAGCUCCUCCACCACCACCACCUCCUCCUCCACCACCACCUGGUUCAGCACUUCCUCCUCCUCCACCUCCACUUCCGGGCGGUCUAGCUCCGCCCCCACCACCACCUCCUCCUCCUCCUCCCCUUCCUGGAGGUCUAGCUCCACCUCCACCACCUCCUCCUCCCCUUCCUGGAGGUCUAGCUCCACCUCCACCUCCUCCUCCUCCUCUUCCUGGAGGCCUUGCCCCACCACCACCCCCUCCAUUACCAGGACUUGGAGGUCCACCUCCUCCACCACCACCUCCAGGCUGUGGGCCUCCUCCUCCUCCUCCCCCUCCUCCAUCAGGAGCCAUCUGUGUUCCUCCGGCUCUUCCAGGGACUCUGGGCUCCCUGCCUCCUCCACUUCCUCUGGGGCUGUUUGCUCUCGGUCUCACUCAGGAGAAACCCCCCAGGAAGGCCGUGGUGGAGCCGCCCAGACCCAUGAAGCCUCUCUACUGGACCAGGAUCCAGCUCCACACUAAAAAGGAGGCGUCUUCUUCGCUGGUGUGGGAGACAAUUGAAGAACCGGAUGUGGACUUUGAGGAGUUUGUGGAGUUGUUCUCCAAAACAGCUGUGAAGGAAAAGAAACAGCCCCUGUCUGACACCAUAACCAAGUCCAAGGCCAAACAGGUUGUGAAGCUGCUGAACAAUAAGCGCUCUCAGGCGGUAGGAAUCCUCAUGUCCUCUCUGCACCUGGACAUGAAAGAUAUCCAGAAUGCCGUCCUUAACUUGGACAACACCAUAGUCGACUUGGAGACCCUGCAGGCGCUGUAUGAAAAUAGGGUCCAACAGGAGGAGCUGGACAAGAUUGAAAAGCACAUAAAAUCUUCUAAAGACAAGGAGAACGCCAAGCCUCUAGAUAAACCUGAACAAUUUCUCUACCAACUCUCGCUGAUCCCAAACUUCUCUGGCCGAGUCUUCUGCAUCCUCUUCCAGUCUAGCUUCUCUGAGUGCAUGUCAUCCAUCAUGAAGAAACUAGACACACUGCAGAGGGUAUGCAAGGCGUUGCAGGACAGUGAGAAGGUGAAGACAGUCCUAGGUCUGGUUCUGGCCUUUGGUAACUUCAUGAAUGGUGGAAAUCGAACCAGAGGCCAAGCUGAUGGCUUCACCCUCGACAUCCUACCCAAACUCAAAGAUGUCAAGAGCAGUGACUCUCUGAAAAGUCUCCUGUCUUACAUCGUUGCAUACUACCUCAGGCACUUUGAAGAAGAUGCUGGAAAGGAGACGUGUGUGUUUCCUCUCCCUGAGCCUCACGAUCUGUUUCAGGCCUCACAGAUGAAGUUCGAAGAUUUUCAAAAAGACCUGCUUCGACUCAGGAAGGACCUCAGAGCGUGUACAUCAGAAGUAGAAAAGGUGUGCAAGAUGUCAGAUGAGGGUAACUUGCAGCCUUUCAAAGACAAGAUGGAGGACUUCCUUGCACAAGCUAAAAGUGAACUGGAGACUCUGGAUACUCAACUCAGCAGCACUCACAAACUGUUCCUGGAGCUCACAGUGUUCUUCUCAGUGAAGGCCAAGGGAGGUGAGAAGGAGGUUUCACUCAACACAUUGUUCUCCAUCUGGCAUGAGUUCUCCUCUGACUUCAAGGACCAGUGGAAGAAAGAGAACAAGGCCAUUCUCAAGGAGAGGUUAAAAGCAGCAGAGGAGUGUUUCCGGCAGGCCAAGGAGAAGGCUUCCUACAGUGUUAAACCCAAACAUGCCUCUGGCAUCAAAGCCAAGCUUGGCAUGAAGAUUUAAGUCAGUGGACUCGGUAUGCUUUUUUUCCUGACUUUGGACACCAGCAAUGAGUCAUAUUCAGUAGAGCAGAGGAUCAAACUGAGGGACAGGUCAUGAUUGGCAUGUGUGUGCAGCUGAACCUACACUAGACAUCUUGCUUCGCUUGUUUAUUUUCUGUUUGAUGACUUUUGUCUGUCAGCUAUCAGCCUGUUGCCUUAUAUGACUCAUGAAAUCCACUCAGUUGCGAAAGGACGCUGCAGCAGGGCCACCAGUGGCACGCAGCAUAUUGAAUACAUCAGCUGGAAUAUCAACAUCCUGUCUGUGCAGCUCAUAGCUCCGCAUUUAUCAGAUGAUUUAAUGCCUUCUUUUUAAUGAAUAUACAGCUGAAUGGUAAAGUCGAACAGUAAACUUGUUGCAUUUGAGGGAGAAUAAAAGGUUGAGCACUUA